AUGCCUGACUUCUAUGCCGUUCCCUACCCGACUGGCCAGGACCCAGGCCAGGUACACCCGCGGCGAAGCCGCACCGUUGAGUACCGCCGCCUCGUGUCAGAUCCAUGCAGAAGCGGCAAACUGUCGCUCGAGGGGUACCGUUGGGCCGCGUACCUCUACGGAGGAGAGACAUGCGUGUCCUUGCGCACAUACACCACCACCACCCGAUACGACAGCCUGCUCGCUCGUCGCCAAGGCGAUUGCGCCGCGUUCCGACAAGCACUAGGCGAGGAAGACUACAACGGCAUGCCCGACCGCGACGUCGAGUACAACAUCUACGUGCCGCACGACCUGCUCCCAGACUACCCCAUCGGCCGUGCCAUCACCGUGACCCAAGCACGGAACUACCUCGGCCAAUUCCCAAUCCCCCUCUGGAUAGACCGUGACAGCCCGUUAUACCGCGGGUGGCACCUCAAUCCCGACACCUGGAAGGGCGAGCAGUCGCUUGACGACCUUGGACUAACCGCCGACUCGAUACACAGACAUAUGCCAAGCACUCCGCCGUCGUUGACAUCUUCCAAUCCGCCGAGUCCCUUUUCACACGGUCCGCCCCCUAGCAAUCUUCACCGCGGCACGCCACGCAAUCGCAAUCAGAAGAUGCCGCCGAAGGAGCAGGCCCGCAACACUCGCGGACGAUUCGUCCGCCAGGACAAGGACGUGAUGGUCAACCCGAAGGAGGCCACCGCCAUCGUCUUUGCCGCGGCGGCCCUUACUUACAUGAGCGAGAACCUCGACCUGUACCCCGCUGAGUGGACCACCGGAGCUAAAACCAACAAAGCUGCUAUCCUGUCGCUGGCCAACAAGGUUAACCAGACCGCCGACGGACUCAACGAGCCGGAGUCCCCCGCCGAGGUGCUUCGCCGCCUCCAACUCGACUCCGCCGCGGCGACUCCCAGCCGCAAGCGCACCGCGACAAUCAGUCUCCUUGGAGACGAAGAGGAGGACCAGCGCGUAUACAAGUCUGGCAUCCUCUUCAAGAAUGAGGAUAGCCCGUUCGCGCUGCCUGCCAAGAAGACCGCCAUUGCUACCCGCUCGGAGAAGUCCAACCCUUCUGCUAUCGCCACUCUUCUUGAGAAUAAGGAGUAUUUCAAGUCCGUAGCCGUCUUUAUGAGCAAGUUCGGCGAGGUUACCAACCUCUCCUUUGACCCCCGUUGCCCCGCCAUUGAAGACCUCCGCGCCGGCCGUCCUAUCGGCGGCGACUCCGUUAUCACUAUCGGUCUCGAGCGCGUCCACGCAGUCUUCAUCCAUGAUCAUUUCACCACCGGCAGCCUAAUCCCAAGCACCCUACUCAAGGGACUCGACAAGGCCGCAAAUUUGAUCCAAAAUGCCGACCCUGACAACCUGACCGACAAGGUACCGGUUAGCUUUGUCCUCCACGCAAUGCUACGCAUGAAUCGAGACUUCGGCGUCGUUAAGCUUCGGUACACCGAUGAUAACCGCAUUGAUAAGGGAGCUACUAUAAACGCAUGGAAGACCAAGUACGAUAGCACUCUUGACCAUAACAGCAGGGAGACCAUGUGUCGCCGAGUAGCUGGGCUUGUUGACUACGUUAAGCACCAUGGAGUGGUCAAGUGCCACGCACUUACCGAUCGAGAGGUCGACCUUAUCACCGCCGGCGUUGCCGACGACACUGUGGACGCGCUCUGGGGCUCCGGUGUCAACAACGCGCGUGGCCGCGGUGCAGCCUGCGACAUCGACUAG